AUGGCCAAUCGCAAACAACUGCGCAAUGAAGCCGAUCGGCUGGCUCGCGAGAAUGAGAAGAUGGAGCACCGGCUUCGGGAGCUGCGGGACACGCUUCGCCGACAAAAAGAGGAUCGGUCUGCCAACGGGGGCUAUUCGUGGCAAAGUGGCGAGCGGGGUGCCUUGCGCGAGCACCACAAGGUUGUGCUUGAAGAGAACCAACAAAGACGCACGCGUGGUCGCCGCAUGAAGGUGCUACCCCCCAACCCCAGCGAUGUACGCUCCCACCGCGCCAUGCCCACCGCGCCCACAAGUGGACGCAGCAGCGGAAGCGUGCGCCCACGUCCCCCGCCGAGUGCUGCCGAGUCUCGGACUUCCGGCACAACUGCUACCGGUGUGGGCAGCGGGCGAAGCAGCGCCGCACGCAGCCGCUUCGCACCUUCAGUUGGCCUGGAAAAUACCCCCACGCCACUCGACCCGGGGCACGCCGAGUUUCUUGAAGCCCUGAAUGAAUGGCGCAAUGGCAGCGCUCAACUCAAGUCGUAUCGUUGCUCACCGCAGACGUUUGACGUGCGCUUCAAGAGCAAUUUGACGUAUCUCGAGCGCUUGAUGCUGAAGAAGCAACGCGCCUCGCCUUCUGCCUCGCCGCAGCGACCCUCCACAGCCCAUUCACAGAAGGACGCUGAUGAUGAAGGCCUUGUUGAUCUUGAUCCCGAAGAUCAGCUCGAGCAAGAGCUGCUUGCCGGUCGACUUCACCGCAUUGGUCUCGAAGUACACCCCAUCAGUAGUCUCAACGCGUCUUUUGAGGCACCGCGGCCGGUGACUGUGCGCACGGUGGACAGUGCAGAAGGAGAGGAGGAUCCAGAGUCUUACAUUGUCGAGGAGGAUGAUGGGGAUGAGCCAUUGGUCGAAGAACCUGAUGAUGAGGAGUCGACGACCGCUGGCAACAACUUUUACCCGCCCAUCCAUCGCCCACGCACCGCGGCACAGGAGCCUCAGCAACUCUACAUGGGGGUCCAAGAGUCAACGGACGACGCAGAAGGAGGCGACGUGGACUUGAAUCUUUCCCUGAGCAAGGCUCGCAUCACCUCUUUUGCCGAGCAAGAGGACUUGGAUGAACUCGAGACUUCAAUGCGAGAGGCUGCAUUGGUCAACACCCAGCAUGACGCCGCCACCUCGAUUCAAAGUCUAUGGCGCGGCUACCGUGCACGUCGAGCCGCAGAGGACCUGCGCUGGGAGCGCCGACAAACAAGUGCGGCCACGGUGAUCCAGGCCUCCUGGCGUGGCACUCUGGCCCGUGAAUUUGUCGAUAAUCUUCGUCAAAGCAAGCACGAGCAUGACGCUGCCAUCCGCAUCCAGGCACGCUACCGUGGUCAUUUGGGUCGGCGAGCAGCUGAGGCUCGCAAAGUAGAGCUGGUCCAGAAUUCGGCGCUCGAGGCAGCUGAGCGUUCAUUACGCAACGCAACUGUAACCAAGCGCAAAGCUCACCCCCUGCCCGUUCCUGGCCAGCAAGACCGCAUCCAAUCUCUGUCAGCGGGUAAAUCUCGGUCUGAAUCGCAUAGCUCGUUCUAA